CGCCAUCCGCGAUGAGCAGCCUGUCUGAACAUGUUGACCGUCUCUCUCUGCUAGCCAAGUCAAUUCGCUCAAGCGCCACCAACAUCUCUCGAGAAACAACCGGCCCCUUCACAGAGGCCGUCCUCCACACACCCCUCGGCGACCUGAUCCGUGACGUUGACCCUGCCGAGCUUGGUUUAUUCACGCUGGUGUCUCCUGCCAAACCAGCCGACCCAGAGGUUCCUGCUCCAUCCUACAGUGAGAUUGCGCGCGCGGAGUUUCAUGGCGCGACGCCGCUGAAGAAGCCACCGGCUCCGCGCAAGGGAAGGCAUGAUCCUCAGGGACGGCCAGGAGAGCACGAUCCGGAGGUAUAUGCGCGGGCAGCGAUCAAGUAUCUCGAUCGUUAUCGUUCGAUUAGGCCCAUGCCUCGAGCUUCAGACCAAGCCAUCAGGAUCAUGGAGCAGCUCGGGGUAGUACGCUCGCACGUUCGCCAGCUCAGUGAGCAAUUAAAGCAACACUCGGCCGCAGGUCCUCCUCAGCCUCCCGCGUCUCCCAAGUCUGUUGUGCGGGAAGAAGAACAGCGCGUGCAGGCUGCUCAAGAGCAGCUCGCUGAGCUGAGAAAGCGGAAAGAGGUUCUGUUAAAGCAAAAGGCAUCUGGCAGGAUACCGCGUCCGAAGGUGAAGCCCAGACCUCAGACCCCUCCGCCGCCACCAGUCGAUGAACAGGAGGACACAUUCUGGAACACGCCAGCGGCUUCUGCGCGCACGCUGCAUUUCGCGGGAGACUCGUUAUUGGAUGAGCAUGUCGAUCUCGCAGACGUCUCCGUGACCUCAUUCGCUACACCAAUUGCUCCUCGGAUUGGGGGGAAGUUCACGCCAAAACCUAGUUCAACACCGAAACCCAAAUUAAGCCCCGAAGACGAAUUAGACAUGCGGCGAGAGCUCAGCCUCGACGACGACUCUCCAGUGUCAGAGAUCGUGACACAGAGCGAAGAACCAGUGCCUGAGGAUGAUGCAGGGGGAUUUGACCGGACAGUCAUGCUCUCCAAGUCGACACCGCCACAAACGGAAGCAUCAGAGCCCGACGUCACGAUUACUGCCAAGUCGGAGCCCGCAACGCCGACCCCGCCAUUAUUAGAAGCUGUCGCAACACCCGGUCCUCACCGCCACAAGAUCAAGGUGACCACUGAGCUAGAACAGAUUGCUGCGAAGAUAUGGGCGACGAUUGGCGAGGUCAUAAUGCCGGGAAGUUCAUUCGAUGUCUCGGGGGAAGGUGGUAGCAAGCCACCUCAUGCAAAGGAGACGAUUGCACAUCUGCAGACACUGUCGACGAAGACACCGUCUCCGUCCUCACCGUCAACUGCUAGCCUCUCUUCCUUUUCAUUCUCCGCUACAAUACCCGCCUCCUCUGCGAAUCUAUCCCAACCAACGGCCCAGCAGGUUCUUACAGCGCACAUGCUGCUUGUGCUGCUCUCCUCGCCACCGUCUUACGCGAUGCCGUUGGGCAAGCUGAAGGAAUCGCUGAACGCGAAGACAGAGGAGAUUGGGAUUUCUGCGAGUGCAGUGGGUGGGAGUGGGGCGACGAGACCGAUAUACGGAUGUGUGGCAAAGAGGCUGCUCAAGAUCGAGCGGGGAGGUGGGGAGCAGGUAGUGAAGUUUGAUAUCUGAGUAGAUCGUACUUGCUCUUGUGAUAUGACAUUUUACCUUACAUCUGCGUUAAGAUAGAUACAUGCAUACAUUCCUCGUAAUUAUCGGCGCAACGCUAUAUGAUAGAUACACCACUGCUCCCUACGAUCGGUGGCCCUUGCUAAUUUAGGACGUUGAUC